CGCGCGAUUGGAAACGUUUGGUCUCCUAACUCUGUUUUCUAAAAUGAAACCAUAUUUGUAUAGUACUAACCAAUAUUUAAGGCUGCUGUGAUCUUAAGUUAUUAAUCCGUGAAACAAAUGUGUGUUACUUGAAGCACGUCAGCUAAAUUGUAUGUUUUUGUGGCUCAGGUGAUUUUUCUUAUUCAGCCGUGUCAAAACUUAAGGAAAAACUCGUAGAAACUGUUCAGUUGCAUUCUCGCGUUAAUUAAUUAUUUGACUGGCGCCUUUUAAAUAGCAGGCGUACACUUAAUCCCUCAUAAUGGAUUCAAACAUACUAAAUAUAGAGGAGAUCGUAUUGGGCGGAGCAGAGGCUGCUGCUGCCCCUCCUGAACUGCCCUCUGAGAAGACCACCUCCAUUCAGGGACAUGCACCACCUCCUGUCAUUCAGUCAUACCAGCAUGAAAGCCUGCAGUGUUUCCAAUGUUUUAUUACUUUCUGCAACUCGAAAGCCAAGGAAAGGCAUAUGAAGAAGAGUCACCGGGAAGAGUAUAAACAGCAGCUUCAACAGUGCGAUACUUUGUUCACAUGCUAUGUGUGCGAUCGAACCUUCCCCUCCUCUGAGGAACUGACCCAACAUCAGUCGACCCACAACAAGGAGGACAAGCCCUUCAAAUGUACGCAUUGCCAAGAAUGCUUCCGCACAUUCUCAGAGUUAACAACACAUCGGCGGCAAGUGUGUCCUGAACGUCAGUUCGUGUGCAAAGAGUGCAACGAGAUGUUUCGAAGCUCUGGACUUUUGCGUAACCAUCGUUUGACCCAGCACCCCGUGCCCAUGGACGGUGAGGAGGCAGAGGAUUCCACUAAGACCUACCGAUGUGGUAAAUGUGGCAGGGGUUUUGAAGAAGAGGCAGAGCUCCUGCAGCAUCAGGAGAACCACGCAGGUGACCAGCACUGCAACGGUAGUGCCGCUGUCAAACGCCGAGGGAGACCAUCUAAAAAUGAGGCCGGAGCAUCUGGUGAAAAGAAAGCAAAGCAGAAGAAGAAGGAGGAAGAAGCAGAGGGGCCCGAGGAAACCAACCAUUCAGAAAACACUUCUGCAAAACCAACCACAGCUGAAGUGAAGACAGCAGGAAGACGAGGACGCCCAGCCAAAUCUACCCAGGAGCCCAAGGCAGAAGAUAAUAAAGCAGAAAAUGAUGACAAGAAACCUGUUCCUCAGCCAGCUCUGCAGAUCCCUUGCACUGAAUGUGACCUCACUUUCCCCAGCCUGACGCAGCUCCGAGCACAUAAGAAAGAGAAGCACACGCAGCGCAAGCCUCACGCUUGUGGAGAAUGUGAGGAGAGUUUUAACCGACCCGAGCAGCUGGAGGUCCACAUGGCAAGGGUGCAUAGUGCCGGCCGGCACACUUGCCCCACAUGCGGGAAGAGCUUUGGCAGAGAAAGUAACCUGAAGGCUCAUCAACAGAGCCAUGGAAAAGAAGAGAAGCCAGUUGGAAAGAGAUAAUUCAGUUUGGGAGAAUUUUAAGGGUGUAUGUCAGCAGGAGAUGAAUUCAAUUUUUUAAGGUUUUGUGUAUAGAAAUGUAGGUGGGGACAGGGUUCACUUUAGAUUUUAAGUUGUAACAUAGUAGGGGAUCCUUCAGCUUUGUGACCUUCGAGAUCAACACUAUGUGAACAUUUUAUUUGAAAACUGGAAACCUGAAGGGUAGUGAGUUCAAGGUUAACCAGUGUUAGCCAUGUUUGGGUGCCUCAUUGUAUCUUGACAUCUCUGUACAUAGCUUUGGAAUGGAAAGUAACAGGAUUCAUACCAUGACUGAAUUCUCAUUUGUAGGGUAACCAUGUUGUAAUUAAUACCAUCCAGAAAAACCCACAGAAAAGCCUAAUUAUAUUGUCUAUGCCUAAGGCUUCACAUUGUUGUUGUUUUUUUUUUUUUUUUUGAAAAUUUUACUCUUUUUCUAUGAAUCGAAUGUGUUGUUGUUUUUACAUUAUUUUUAAAAGUGUGAACAAUGGUGAGUGGAAAGAUUUACUAAAUGAUUGUUUUCUUCUGAGAUCGGACUAAAUUUGAUUUCCAAUGUUUCCAUUUUUUACCGGUAUGACUUGACAUUUGACUUGAACUUAAAUGUUACACACAGCUAAGGCUGUUCUCUGAUUGAAGUAAAUGUCUGAAUAAUUAAUUGAAAA